AUGACGAAAGUAGAGAAUGACUACGACAGAAGAAGACAGGCCACGCUACCACACCCCGGGUUCACAGAACAUCAAACGCGAUUCGGCUUAAACUCGCCUCUUCAGGGCUUCCAACAGCAACAGGCUUUAAUCACAAACCCACCACCAACAGUCCAGUUCCAACCAUCCUUGUUUCCCCAACAACAGCCCCAGCCACAGCUGCCACAGCAGCAGCAGCUUCCUCAACAGCAACAAUCCUACGUGCCACAGUUCAACAACCAUAUCCCGAAUAUCAACAACAAUUUGCCCUUACAGAACAGUAACUUCCAAUUCACACCUCAAGCAAGCAACCCACCUCUGUUGCAACAGAACAAUAACUUCCAGCAGCAACAGAACUUGAGGCAGAUCCCGCAACAAACUCAGAAUAUCCUGCAACAGCCCAUUCCUACAUUACCGACUUAUCAGAAUGGUCACUUGCAGCAAAAUCCUACCUUCCAGCCAAGUAUUCCGGCAACGGUUAACAUCAACCCACAAAGGCCUACGCAACAAGCCUUCCUCCCCACUAUCUCGACGUCACAUAGCCAGCCUAUCAACCAACCUAUCUUCAGUCAGCCGAAUCCCAUUACUAUUCAGCCCGCACCGAACCUAGCUCCUCAGAAUUACAACCAGAACCAAAACAAUGCACAGCUCCCAUUCCAAUCGAAUCUGGGCCAGCAACCCAUAUUUUCUAACGGACAAGCUUCACAAAUUCAAGACAUUCUUGAACAGCAAUCUAAGGAGAACUUGGAAAAGCUAAAGGAGUUACAGGAAAGGGCGAGAAUAAUCCAGAAGCACCAGGAGUUUGUGCAGAAACAACAGCAAAAGCAACAAGAAAAGGUCGAAAAACUGCACGAGGAGUUUGUAAAGAAGCAAGCCACGAAAUCAGUACCAAGCUUCACGACGACGGAAAGCUAUGAGGAGUAUUAUAACAGGAAUUCCGAGAGGCGAAGGCCGAUUUUACCACAUGAGACGGAUUUAUUCAAGAAAGCUGUUGAAAUGUACGAGAGGGAGCACCCUACUACUACCACUACGACUACCACGACGACGACCACGACUACCCCGCCCCCACCUCCUCCCCCCACUCCUAGGUACCGACCCCGCCCUAAACCUAAACCUAGGAACCCCCCACAAGACAGAAACAAGCAGAAACUGUACAACGAAAUCAAGAAUCUCUUAGAGGAAAGCGAAACUAAAGGAUUCGACGACAGCUUGAGAGCCAAGAGUGCCGAAUUAUUAAAGAAACCAGACAUUCUUAAACAACUGAAAGUAGCUCUCGCUGAAAACCCCGCAGACUUCUCUGAAAAGAACUUCUCAUCCCGAGAGAUUUCUCUUAACGGGCACAAAUAUGAAGUGAUUAGGACUAAUAACCCAAAUCUAAUUCCUAAAGGUGCUAUCACCGCUGACAGUUCGAACUUGGCACAAAUCAUGGCAGCCGCUCAGCUUGAACCUCAAAAGGAAAGCAGAGUUUCGAUUGAAGAUCUGACGAAAGGUAUCUUGCCACCUGGUGCAAACUUCGAGUUGAUCAAACAGGCGGAAAACGGCAAACUUGAAGAAGUCAAGGCACCAAGUGAACUGCAAAACAAAAAGAAAGUUACAUUCGUUUUCCUUGAGGAACAAGAAGACGGUUCAUUCAAGGUGAAGGGUGUCAAGGCUAAUGGCCAGCAGACUGAAGAAGGUCCCGAAGUAGAAAACAUUCUGAAGAAAAUAAAGAAUGGUGAGAUUCAGUUGCCUGGACAGACGAAGAUCUCAAACUCUAUCUUCAGCUCAACCACCGCCAGCCCAAUAACUGAAACAACUGACUACGUCGCUGCCUCGUCCCAUCAUCCAUCAAGUUACUCGACGUUCGUUAGUACUUCUAACCACGGAUCAACUGGCCAUACCAACCCUAUCGCCCAUACAACACCGACGCCACACUUCCAGCCUUCCAUCCAGCCUUCUAGGAGCACCGCCCAAACUCAGACACACUUCCCGUCUACCGUAACCGUGUCAAGCACCGAAAGGUACAACACCAAGUCCAGUACCCCAAGUUAUGAGUACACCUCAAGUAGGAACAGCAUCAACCAAAGUCCAAGAAUCACUUUCCCGAGUUCGACUCAUUCUACGAUCAUCAACACCACCCCUUACCGUUCCUCUGAGAAAGAUUUAGUUGUGAUUGGCUCCAGCACGAUUGCUCCAACCAUCAGUGAAGGAAGCUCAUUGAACUUAGCAAGGCAAGCAACCCCACCAGCCAACCCGGGGCUGGUGGACAUUCUGAAGGAGAAUGGUCUGUUUGCGACGGCGAAGUACUUGCGUCAGUCAGGUUUGGACUCGAUCCUGAAUGAGACGGGUCCGUAUACCAUCUUUGUGCCAACUGACAAGGCGUUUAGAACUCUGCUCGUACAGCUCGGAGGUCCGGAUAAGGCUGAGGAAAAAUUCCGUGACAAUCCUAGACUGCUUAGUGGUUUGCUGCUCCACCACGUGAUCCCAGGAGCGUUCGACAUCGGCUCCCUGCAGGACGAGAUGACGGGCGUCUCUCUAGCCGGCACACAGCUCAGGGUCAACCAGUAUGACAUGCACGAUGUCGAGUGGAACGAGGUCCGAGUCACCACCAUCAACGGCGCCAGGGUGCUCGAUGAUAAGAAGGAUAUUCAUAUACCACAGGGCAUAGCACACGCAGUAGACCGCGUAAUGUUCCCGCUACCAGUUGGCGAUCUGGUGCAGACGCUACAGGCAGACAGGGACAGGAGGUUCACCACAUUCCUGAAGGCCAUACACGCUAGUGGCUUUGCGGAAACUCUUGCAGAAAGCAAAACCUACACAGUUUUCGCGCCAACGGACGCGGCAUUCGCGCGCUUGUCACCAGCUGAACUGUCAAGAUUCGCGGAAAAGGCAGGAGCGCGAGCGUUAGUGGCGCGGCAUGUGUUGCCAGGCACGUUAUAUAGCGCCGGCAUGAGGUACUACCAGCUUAGGAACUCUAUGGAAGACGCUAAACCGUUGACGCUGCAGAAGAAUGCUGGACGCAUCAAAGUGAACAACGCACAAGUGAUAACGCACAACAUCCCCGCGACGAACGGCGUCAUCCACGCGGUGGACGCCGUCGUGUAGCGUGCGCGAGCGCAGCCAGUUAGCUUCAAUGAAGCUCCGCCAGUCGGCCCGCCGCCGCCGCCACAGCCGCACGACAGCGUCACUUAUCAUAAUAUACUUUAAGACUGUAAAUAACGUUAGUUUAAGACAAUAAUUUAUAUAUGCGUGUUAGAUUUUGUAAAUAAAGAUUUUUAAUUGAUAAUGUUGGAUUUUUAUGACA